CGUCGAACGGGGAGGACCGUAUUAGUCGGUAUCGUCGAUCGUUGUUAACCUCCGCCGCACAGUCUCCCUCCUUCGCAAUCGCGGUUUUAUUAAACUUCUGCAGUCCCGCAGUAGGUUGUACGCCGCAAAACUGUAGGAGGACAGUAAACGAGAUUACGAUAAAAUUUCAUACCGAAGUUGUUGUACAAAGCGAAGUAAUAAGACGUAUCGUGGAAGGGGUUGAGAGACUCGCGUUAAUCAGAAAUCGUGAUCGUUUUGCUUGCCGUUUGUAUUAUAUAUAUAUAUGUAUAUGUACGUAUGUGUGUAUAUAUAUAUAUCGCGUUCGGUUUUCGUGUAACUUGAAGUAUUCGUAAGGACGAUAUCAUUUUCGGACAGUAUAAUAUUCACUUUGUUAUCAUCAUUGGCGAAUUCGUGCUUGUGAUUAUUUAUUAAAGUGAGAAACUUAGAAUUUUUUUUUUUUUUACUUCUAACCCCAGUCGGGUCGAAGAUACGAUCACGGAAAAUGAAAAAUCUGCGAAGCAUGUCGGAAACGGUGAAUUCUGAACUGUGAAAAAUUGCUACAAGAGUGACAGGGAUCGUUGACGUUUGUAGAGAUAUAUUUGUACGUAUGCGUGGUAACUGGGUGACGUUAUGUCGUUACAGUGUUGUUGAACGGACUGUCCGCGGUUGAGGGUGUCAACAGACUGGGGAAUACAUUGGGGGUUAAACGGACUCGUCGUCGCCUAUAGACGUGAUUGAACCGUGUUACAGAUGGGCGAGUCACCACCGCCGGCUUCGUCGUCGAAUCGGAGGUGAGAGAGAGAGAUACAGUGAGAAAGAGACAAAGAGAGAGAGAGAGAGGGAGGGCGAGUAUCUCGAACCGCAGCUGCCGCACCAAAGCUACAGAGUGCAACGAACGAGGAUCAAGGACCGCCUCGGCCGAGGGGCGAUAACAUCCUCCUGAAAUCGGUCGAAAGAUGACGCAGCAGAGCGGCGCGGGGUCGCCGCAACAAUUCUGUCUCAGAUGGAACAACUAUCAGACAAACUUGACGAACGUGUUCGAUCAGCUACUGCAGAGCGAGAGUUUCGUCGACGUCACGCUGGCCUGUGACGGUCACUCUGUCAAGGCUCACAAAAUGGUACUAUCGGCGUGCAGUCCGUACUUCCAGGCGCUCUUCUUCGACAACCCGUGCCAGCAUCCGAUCGUCAUAAUGAAGGACAUAAAGUGGCCGGAGCUCAAGGCCGCCGUUGAGUUCAUGUACAAGGGUGAGAUAAACGUCUCUCAGGAGCAGAUCGGCCCUCUUUUGAAGGUUGCCGAGAGCCUCAAGAUACGGGGAUUGGCGGACGUGAACAACGAGCAGGAACUCACCACCUCGAGACCGUCCAAUGCUCAGGACGAACACUCGUCCGUGUCAUCGGGCCCAACCGCCUCUGGGACUAAUUCGUCUUCAACGACCGUUCCUCUGCUUCCUGGUCUACCGAGGAAGAAACGACGCAGAGUGUCGGUCGGCGAACGUUCUCCGGUUAAUGGUAACAGCCCGGCGAGGGAGGCCGACGAGCAUCUUCAGCACUCCGAACACCAGCAUCAUCAUCUGGGCAUCGCGGUCGCUGCCGCGGCAGCCGGCGACGGUCAGAAUUCCGGAUCCGGUGUUCAUCCCUCGGCACCGAGGUCUCUCGGCUCACCGACAGCCCCGAGUAUCUCCGUAACACCCCAGUUCAGCCUCCACGAUCUUCCGGCCUCCCUAACCCUCCCAACGAGCGCUAAUUUGCCCCUACCGACAAGCCAGGCAUCCCAUCCUGUCGCCCACCACGUGUCGGCUCACGUUACUUCCGGGUCCCAUCCCCCCCUCAACGCUCAGAUCGGAUCUCAGCAGCUUUCGGUUCACCAUCAUCAUCACCAUCAACAGCAACAGCAGCAGCAGCAGCAGCAGCAGCAGCAACAACAGCAGCAACAGCAACAACAGCAACAGCAACAGCAGCAGCAGCAUCAGCAGCAGCAACAGCAACAUCAUCAACAAACUGGACAGAACUCAGCUCCCGGUGCCGAUGACCUCGAGAUCAAACCUGGGAUUGCCGAGAUGAUACGCGAGGAGGAAAGAGCCAAGUUGUUGGAGUCAUCCCACGCUUGGCUCGGUGCCUCCACCUCCAGUAUAGCCGCUGACUACUCGACGCUUCUGAAGCUGAAGGCACCGACGUGGACGCGGCUCGACCUCCAGGAGGCGAUCGAGGCCGUCGUCACCCAGAAGAUGCGGUUCACCCAGGCCUCGACCAAGUACGGCAUACCCAAGGGAACACUAUACGACAACAUACUCGGCAAGUCGAAACGCAUGAUGGUCCUCGAGGAUGUCGGGCUGAACACGUCCGAGGAAUCGGCCGUCCUCGAAUUCUGCUGCGACAUCAGCAUCAGCCCCUAUAAUCGGAGGACGAAAAAGUCCCUCAACGCCGUUCUCAUCUACGUUCAGAGGCUCAGGCGGAAACGAGAUCCCGGUUUUAUGUUCACCGGUCUCACCGGGUUCCGGUGGUGGUGGGCAUUCUGCAAAAAGCACUCAAUCGUUUCCCUCUACUUCAAUGACGAGAACGAUAACGAGUGACGAGGUCGCGGUCCUCCUUAUCUUUUUCCUCUUUUCACCUGUUGCCCGAUGUUAAUCCACUCCUAUGGACGCUUCCGUUCUUUGAUUUUUCACAGACAACGCUGGGUUGAGUACACCCUUUCACCAUCAGGGAGGUUGGUUGGUCGAAAAUUGACACUUUCCGUUUAUUUCAUCUCUAGAUAGUCGUACCUUGAGUAUUCGUCAAAUUACUCUAUUCGUAUUUAAGCUACGAGGUUCUCUUCAAAAGUACAAAAAAUAGGAAAUACUGAGAGUAUAAAUUAAAUCUUAUAUAUUAUCGAUGUUUCGGUUACAAUCGCUUUAAGAUCGUUAAAAAUUACACAAGAUUUGUUUCAUUUCACUCUACGAUAGGCUAAUGUUAUUGACGAGUUUUUAAAAACAUCGUAAUGUAUAAGUUUUAUAGGAAUAUAAUAAUUUGAUGAAUACUCAACGUACGACUAUCUCGCAAUAAAAUUAGUAAAAAGUGUCGAUUUUCUACGAACCAACUUCCUUGAUCAUGGGAAGCGUGAAAUUCCCACCGUUAUUUUCCGAAGAAGGAACGUGUUCCGUAAAUCGAUGGAUUCUACGUAAUCACAAUUGGGGAUCGCGAAACCGACGCGGUGUGCAGUCUAGUCUUAUUGUCCCUCGUCGUCCCCCGUGUAUAUAAUAAUAAUAUAAAUAAUACUAAUAAUAAUAAUAAUAAUAAUAAACGAAUCUAACAACAUUCCGGCCAAAAUAAUUAUAACGCGUGUGCCUUAGACGCGUGAUUCGCGAGACUCGAUAUUGCAGGUGAUAUGUAACGUAGUUUCUAAAACAAUGUCAUUUUAAUUCUACAAGAUUGUCUCUUUCGGACGUUCGUUAAACUCGUCUUCCAGCGAAUAUGAUAAUUAAUAUAAUGUAUUAUUUAUACGUUACGAUACUUUUAUGAGCAAAGAAUAAGACAUUGUAUAUAAAUUAUACCUGGAUAGACGAAUACAUGUAUUACUCAUUCCAUUCGCGUUUAUAGACGCAGAAUAAAACAAAAAAUUAUUCCAUUCCAUUCCAGCGCCGUCGGUACGUAUAUAAAAUAUGAUAUUAAUAAUAUACGUGCGGGUUGCGUGCGCGCGUGCCUGUCAAAUAUUAAAUUGUAAAUAAUAUUAUACAUUUUAUUAGAUGCUAUAUAUUAUAGAAUUUAUAUGUAUACCCCGUUACGUAUUCAUAUGCAUAUAGUUGAUUAAUUAAUUACUCAAAUAAUAUAAUACCUAGGCGUACAAGUUAUACUAAGUUAAGGUUUUCUACAUUCGUUAAGUUAUUAAGCAGCGCCGAAAACACAGGGUAUAACGGGCUGCAUGACACGACGAACGAAUAUAUAUAUAUAUAUAUACGCAGGGAUAAAAGACGUUGCAUUAUUAUUGCAUUGCAUGUAUUGCAUUGUGUGUGCGUGUGUGUGUGUACACACACGUAUUUACGCAGGCGUACUAUAAAUUUAACAACGUUACCUCGCGUUUACCGCUCUUCGCAUAAAGGUACAACCCGCACAGUUGUAAGGGAGAAACAGCCCCCACAUGUCACGCUAACGUUUUACUAUACCGUAUAUUAAAAAUUCAAUUCUGCUCACGCACACGCCGAUCCCGUAUGCACGUGUAUCCCAAGGCGCCAAGGAAUAAAAACGGGGCACCAAUACAUAUAUAUAUAUAUUCGUACACAAGCGCGAUACGCGUAAUUACAUAUUUCAGGGGGUUAGUCAACGCUGGUCUGCCCCCCCUUCACCCCCAACGCGCAGUUAUAUAUCUAACGGCGUCGGCUAUCUGGCCGCCAUUUUGAUUUUCGAUGCUGAAAUACGGGGACUUUUAUCAAUGUUCGGAACAACCGUGCACCUACGGUAGUCGAUCAAAUUCAACCGACUUGUGCCAAAAAGCUUUCUCGCUUUACCCACAAUCUGGCUAGACUCCGCUCCGAACGUAUUCGCGGAUGAAAACUAUCGAAAUCUAUCGCCGAACGCGUGUCCGCCCUGGAUUUUUGGUCACUCAUUUUGUCGCGCGUACCGCUUACAACAAACGUUUGUUCCUAGAAUUUAGAAUAAAUUCUGAUCCGUUGUCAGAUAACCAACGGCCGUUUACGAUAUACUAGAUUUCAAAUUAUUUAUCCAUCCUGUUACGUGAUCGUUAAAAUAAUUUUUCAUUUUACGUACAGACGCGAAACGGUAUCAGGAUUUUUAAAUAUAUUUAUACGAACGCUGCCGCUUAUGCUCUCGCAUAUCAAACACUUGCCAUUUUAUACCGUUAAUAUCGUUAUAACUUGACACAUUUUCGCAUUAAGAUUUGCUCGCAAUUAUUAUCACCGCACGUCUCCGUGUAUUUAAUUCUUUCGUUAACUUCCUUUUUUCCGUUUCACUCUUCUCGCGACUCGAUUGUCACCGUUGCUCCUUCGCAACGACUGUGUGUUCACCUCACAACCUGUCACUUAAUUGAUUUAUCUUCUCUACACACGCACACGCAUCUAAUUCGACCUACGUCGAUGUCGAAUUAGAAGUACGGGUAGGUACGUACACGCGGCAAUUUUUCAGGCUGCUUCUUCUCCUUCCUCGUCAUUAAUAACACUUGUUGCAACAGCCGUGAUGAUGAUGAGUUUGCGUUACAAUAUUUCUACAUUCAUUUGCCAGUAUACAGCCGCGAUCUCACUCCCUUACAUCAUUACCGUUAUAUUCCUUUUACUUUAUUCUUUUCUUUUCUCUUAGUAUAAUAAUUACCUACUGCCACGUGGCUCGUUCAAUUUUAUUGUUGAUAUUAUAUUGUUAUUUAUGAUCCUCUGACGCGCGCUAAGGCCAUUAGUUUCUUCGUGUUAUUUUCUUCAUUGUGUUUUUUUUUUUUUUUUAUAUCUUCUAAACCUUUUUUUCUUUUUCAUUUUUUGUUUAAGUAUAAUUAGGAAAUUGUCUUCUUUAUAAGCAAGAUAGUCUAAUGAGAAAUUAAAACGAUCGGAAACAUGAGAAUAGCUCCGUUUUAUGUUUGCAGUGUUGGCGUGUCAACCCAACACUUCCAACUUUUCGUCGGUAUUAAUUCGUACCGACAACCUGUACGUUUCAAUUCGUUUUAGGUAUUCGUUAUUGUACAUAUAAAUAAGUCGUUUUAACCUCGUUACCACGUGCACAUAUAUAUGUAUGUAUGUAUAUAUA